UGGGAAAAUGGAAGUAUGGACGAGCUGGCAACUGCACUGGGUGGGCGGGUGGCGAGGCAGGCGGCGGCAAACUCAACCCAACUUUCCUACCAACAGUCUCAGCCUACCUUCCGUGGCGUCCGCAUCAUUACUUACACCUACCCCUCUCCUCAUAUCAAGAUGAUGAUGGCUCGUCCCUGUUUUGUGGCUCUCCUGUGUGUGGCCCUGUGGUGUGGCGUGGUGUUCGGCCAGGAAAAAAACGACGCUACCGAUGCCAAGGAGGAUACCACUGUGGACAAUGACGCUUCCCCUGACCAGCAGCCACCCAAGGAGAUGGUAGAUGAGGCGGCGUCCUCGACCACUUCUAGUACCACGACCACUACUGAGGGAUCCAACGCUGCUCCUGGUGAAGCUUCGCCAAGUGACGGCACCAUGGAGAAGGAGGCCGAGAUGGAGGGGGUGAUGGGUGAUGAUGAUGAUGAUGAGGGGGAUGAGGAUGAGAAUGAGGAGGAUGAGGGGGAUGAGAUGGAGGAGGAUUAUGUGGAGAAUGAGGAGGUGGCUGAUGCUGAGGCUUCCUCCAGCACGGACGAGAACGGCGCGGCCACCCUGAGCGUGUCCUUGUCCUCCCUGAUGCUCGCUACUCUCCUCGCCAAGGUGUACGCCCACUGAACGCCAGCCAUCCACCACUCCCUCCUCGAUAUCAUCAAAAGGCCUUAUUAACACCGGGCGCCGACGUUCCUGCUUGGCGUCUGAUAGCACAAAGUAGCGGAGAGAGAGAGAGAGAAAGAGAGAAAGAGAGAGUGAGUGAGUGAGUGUUGAAUUUCGAGGAUGAAUUGAAAAAAGAGUGACGUGGCCGCUUGUGACCCUCCCGUCCCCCGCUGUUCCUUGGGGGCUGUGGUUUAUAAACAGAGAGAAAAUAAUAGUAAAGGAAACUUAGUGCACACUUCGUAAUGCAUAGAAUCACCUGGGUUAAAAAAAAAGAUGAUAAUAAUAAUAAUAAUAAUAAUAAUAAUAAUAAUAAUGAUAGUAAUGAUAAUGAUAAUGGAAGUCGAAGUUUUGCAGUGCCGUUCAAAUUUUACUAAAGCUUGUUUAUUAUAUAUAUCUUUGCCUUGCGCGUGUGUCUCUGUGUAUGUGUGAGUUUGUUUGUGUUGCGAGUGUUACGUCAACACAACUCACAGAUCAGCUUCUUUUUGUUUUGUUUAUCAGUGGGCCAUUGUCACCAUUCCAGUAGUGCCUCGUGAGGGCGUCAUUCUUUGUGAUCUGUUCCAAGUAUCGUGAUAUACAAGCACAACGUAUUAUUGGUUGUCUGGGUAAUAAUCCAAACAUGCACAACGCUUUCUGGGUAAAAAAAAAGAUGUCCAUGUAAAAUUAUUGUACGUACGCCACAACCUAUCGCCUCCGUUAGUACUACGUAGCAAGCCGCCGCCCGCGAGGUGUCCGUGGCAACUAUUUAUUAUCAAUGCCACGGCAGCUUUGGCGGCGAGUCUCGAACUGAAUCCAGCUUUCAUUGGUACUUAACAAAACAAAAACCCCCACAAAAAAAAGUCAAAUAUCCGCACACGAGGAGUGACUGUGGAGCUGGUGCCCGGCUGCAUCUUGCGUCCACCUGCUUGCCGAGUGGAGGUCCUCUCUUCCACUCCGAACUUGAGAUAGAGUAGAACUAUUAAGCGGAUUUCUUCUCCUUCUACCCAGAAUCUGAGUCGGAUUAUCAUAAGGAUAUAUGUGAGCAUCUUUCGGAUUAUCAAAUGGAGGUUUUUUUUUAUCCUCUUCUCUAAAUCCAAAAGUAAAUCUGAUUAUACCAAACGAUUUUUUUCUCUUUCACUCCAAAAUAAAGUAAAAGUCGUCCUUAUGAGAAAUUCUGGAGAUUCUUCAGUAAAUAAGUCGUAUAAUCAUCCUAAACCAAAGUGCAGAGCCGGGAACCUUCAUCCGCGUGACUUCUUGUUUGUAGUUUUAUACUGUCCGGUGUUCGCUAAGGCUCAGUACAGCCACUACCAGCCUUCCCUGUUCAUGCCAAAUUCCAUGCUUUCAACCAAGUCCAUAAGAAACCAGUCAAGUGUUUAUAUAUAGCAUUGUCCCUCCCACCUGUCUGUCGCCUCUGUGGUUCAGCCUCGUUCUUCUCUUCCCUAAAGGUCAUCUGAGCUGGCGAACACACUAUUUACUAUCGAUGCUCUAGUUACUCCGAGCUGGUCUGUACUUGCCGACAUUCCCUGCCCAGUAUUUGUAUAUUUUUCCACUUUUCUGUGAGAUGUAAAACCCGAAAGCCUGUUGUAGUGUCACCCUUUUCCUUCAUGUAAUAUUCUGAAAUAAACAUUAACCAUCACCA